GUUAUCCGCUGGUAUAAAACCGAGCAGCAGAGAGACUGGAGCAGCUUCAGACGGUCUGGAGUCCCAAGAAACAAACAGAGAUUUUUUUCAUCAUUGCCUGCUGGCCCUGUGAGAGUCAGAGAGGAUGUUAAUGAUGAUGAUGAUGAUGAAGAAGAAGGGGUCCAAGUGUCUGGCGAUGGUAGCUCUUUUUCUGGCUACAGCCAACUGCAUUGUUCCUCCAUCAAAAGACGAUCUGAACGCGAUCUCACUCCAGGGAGAAAAGUAUCUGGAUGAACAGAUCGAAAAUGCCGUUAACGGAGUGAAGGAGAUGAAGAGCGUGAUGCAGAAGUCUUCAGAGGACCACCAGAAGUUUUUGGACGACCUGGAGAAAACCAAGGAGAAGAAAGAGGAAGCGAUGCGUGUUGCUCAGGAGAUGGAGUCCAAGCUGGAGCAGGAGGAGGAGGUUUGCAACGAGACCAUGAAGGCUCUGUGGGAGGAGUGUAAGCCGUGUCUGAAGAACACCUGUGUUAAAUAUUACUCCCGAACAUGCAGCAGUGGAUCCGGAAUGGUGGGACGUCAGCUUGAGGAGAUGCUAAACAGGACGUCUCCCUUCUCCAUCUGGAUCAACGGGGAGAAGAUAGACGACCUGAUGCAGGAGGGACAGCGUCAGAACAAAGAGUUCAAGAACCUGGAGGAAAAAUACACAGAGAUGGCCGACGGUGUGGACACCAUAUUUUCAGACAGCAUGAAGGUGGCCGAUCACGUGCACCACAACCCUCCAGCGUUCUACUUUCCCAGCUUCCUGGGGCCGUACACCCGCCACAGCAGAAGCAUCCGCUCUCUCUUCCACGAUCCAUUCCACAACUUCCAGAGUAUGUUCUCCCCGAUGAUGGGCAUGGGCAGGAACUUCUUCAGCUCCAUGGGCUCCAUGGGCUCCAUGAUGGACAUCGACCCAGACGCAGGUCCUAAUGAGGACGGCAGUGUGAACGAGGACGUGGUCAUCACCAAACCCUUUGGCAACGGCAGGAUGACCUGCAGAGAGAUUCGUCGCAACUCAGCUGGCUGCCUCAAGUUCCGCGACGAGUGUCAGAAAUGCAAAGAUAUCCAGCAUAUUGACUGCUCUGGGAAGAGACCUCUGGAGGGCCCGCUGAAGAAGGAGCUGGAGGACGCGCUGGCGAUAGCAGAGCGCUUCACUCAGCAGUACAACAACCUCCUGAAAAGGUUCGAAGAGCAGAUGUUCAACACAUCCUCCAUCGUGGACAUGCUCAACAGAGAGUUCGGCUGGGUGUCAUCUCUGGUGAACAACACCAGGGGCGACGUCUUCCGGGUUCAGAUGGUGAACUGCAAGGACACUGAGGAGAAGCCAGGUGAGGAGAAGAAGCCUGGAGAAACAAACGUGUCUGUGCAGCUCUUUGAUGGUCCAGCCAUGAACUUCACCGUGUCAGGCGACAUCCCCUGGACUGACCCCAAGUUCUCUGAGGUGGUGGCCCAGGAGGCUCUGGACCGCUACAAGGAGACCAGUGUUGUGGUCAAAUAAAGUCCCAAAGUCCCCAUCUGCUCUGUCUGCUGACAAGUGAAUGUUCUGGACUCACCCGACGAAACCCCAAUGAUAAACAAACCUGGGGGAAAAAAACAACCUGAAGCCAACACACUGAUUCUGUUGUAAAUCCUCUUUAAGUCCUGCUUUUGCAAACGACUCAGUUUAAGCUCAGAGAUUUAUAUUGUUACAUUAGAGCUCUUUGUCCUGCUGUGAGAGAAGAUACUCAGUAGAUGUAGAUAACAGGCCUCCAUGUGUCUAUAGUACCUUCAACAUUUACGGCCGUACGUCAAGGGCCAUUGUACUUACAUGAUUUACGCUUGAGUUUCCAUUAAAAGCCGGAAUGGUUGUAACUGACUAUUAUUUCCCUGCUUUUUUAACACAUGAAGAUAAAACCUGAUACUUCCUCCAUCACAGUGUAAUGAAAUAAAGAACUGGUUUGUUUAAAGAUUUGUAGAAAACAAAAGUUUAGAGCGAGUUAAUUGAGGCUGUUUCAGUGACUUUAAAGACCCGAUUCACUCUUCUGCAGAUCUCUGAUAGCUCUUAUCUGAGUUGGUUGAAGUGGUUGAUUUGCUGGUGUUAAACUCACUGAUUGGAGAGAUUGAAGUUGAGAAAUAGGAAUUGAUUAUGUUCAGGAUUGCUUUGGGCCCCUCUGUACAACAGCCUAGCCAUGAAGCAAUACUUAGAGAUCCAAUAAAAACCUGCUCAAACCCA